AUGCUCACCAAAGCUGCCACCCACAUUAGGCCGCUGUUGCGUCUGCAUCAGACCGCACAUGCCCAACCCGACCUCUUCACCUCCAACCCUUCCCUCCUCCACCACUUCCAGGGCCCCGGCGUCAGCAACACUCUUGUCGCCGCGCAGACAGCACAGGCUGCCUCGGGCUCGUCCGGCGCUGCCGGCGGCGCAGGUCGCUCCGGAUACUCUGGCGCUUCGAACGGUGGCGGGUACACUGGCCAUGCCCGCGCCUUCCUCAGCCUCCCCCAAGGCCCCGCCGCCGAUGCUACAAGUGUCUCGUCGUCGUCGGACGACAAGCAGCAGGACGCUGCCACUGCCCGCCAGCUCGCCCACCUCCAGCUCAAGCAGCGCAUCACCUCGCGCCGCGAUGAGAGUCCUCCCGUGCGCACCGUCAUGCUCCGCGACCAGAUGGCUGCUCGUGCCGGCUCGCGACCAGUCACCCUCAUUGAGAUGGAGCCCGUGGCCGAGGAGCCCAUGAGCCCCAAGCGCAGCACGAUUGCGUACCCGGCCUGGGCUGCUCUGCCCGACAACGCCGCUGCUGGCGGCGCACUGUGGCUUCCCGGUGCCGCACCGCGCCCGAUGGGUGCCCGCGCGUUCUCGACCCGUACGCGCCCCACAGCGCAGCUCGUGUCGUCUGUGCCCACCCCGGACCAGAGCCGCAUCGACCAGCCCAACCGUGUCCUGAUGGACCUGGCUGGUCUGGACAUUGGCCGUCCUGUCUCGCCCAUCGCGCGCGGCGCCGGCCGUGUGCGUCGCAACUCGACCCACUCGCACUCGGCUCCCAGCAGCGACUCGCACUCGGGUGUCCUUCCCGCUCAGAGUGUCGAGCUUGACAACGCCAUCCGGAAUGCCAUUGGCGCCGCAUUCAAUGCUGGCGACAGGGAGAUUGUGCACAAGCUGAUCGAGCACUACCGCUUGCCCCGCACCGCCGAGGCCAAGUUUAACGCCGACCCCAGCCUCGCCAAGUACCCUCUGCCCAACGACUACUCGACCGCGACUUACGACCGCUGCAUCCAGACUCUUAUGUCGCUCCGCAGCCGCGGCGAGUCCAUUGCCCCGAUCUUGGACUGCUACAACGAGAUGCUCGAGCGUGACGUCCUCCCCAGCGUCAAAACCAUCAACAUCGUCAUCGACGCUCUCUGCCGCCGUGACGAGGACGUUUCCCUUGCAUCGCACCGCUGGGCUCGUCACACCGCGUGGCAGGCGUUCAAGCGCGACCAGCUGCACAUUGCUACCGAGGAGACUCCGGCUGACCACGCCGCUUCGGACGCCAUCGAGGCCUACCAGAGCGAGCACAACUUUUCUUCGGCACUCAGACUCCUCAUUGCCAGCCCGCGCAAGCUGGAGACCAUGGACGAGUCCCUGCUCACCGCUGCGCGCGCAUCAAUGGGCCUCCCAUUCGCCCCCACCAUGGAGUCCGCAGUGACUGUGCUCCAAAACGCUGUGGGUCGCAGCUCGCGCCUCAGCAUCUUCGCCGACACCUUUGACAUUCUGUCCUACGGAACGCCCAAACAGCUGUCAACGGUCAGCACUUAUUGGAAGCUGUUCGAGACCAAGCUCAAGGCCGCCGCCUCAUUGAACAAGGACCUCACCCGCGACAGUGCAGAGAUCCAAGAGACCUACCUCGCUGCCAUCCGCGCGUUUGUUGCUGUUGGCGAGACAAAGUUUGCCAAGGAGCUCGCCCAGUCGGCCAACGACCGCCACGACAAGGGCAAGUACCUCGGCGCUCUGAUCAAUGGCUCGUGCAAGCACGGCGACCUUGAUCUUGCCUGGGAAUCGUUCAACGCAGGCCGCACCGCUUGUAUCCCGACUGAGGACCUGUACGAGCUUACCGAGGCACUGGCCAAGGCUGGUCGCGCCGAGGACACUGUUACCGUCAUGCGCCACCUCAUGGACGACAUUGCCACCGACCGUCCCGGACAGAAGAUUGAACGUGCCCGCAUCCUUAGGGCCUAUGGCUAUCUCCUUGGCUACGCCAUCAAUUCCGAGGACCCCGCUGUUCGCGACGCUGCCCUCACGGGCGCCACGGACAUCCACACCGUCUCCUUCCCCCGCUGUGACACCGCGGUGGUGCUCAAGCACAUUGAGCUUUUGAUUGCUGCCGGUCGGUUCACCGAUAUCCCUCACGUCCUCAUUCGCUACGCCCGUCGCGAGACCAACGACGUGGCCGACAUUUGCGACAUGAUCGGUGUCACUGCUUGCUCGCCUGCCCCGAUCAGCGUUGUCCUUGACACAGUUCGCGCCGCUGCCCGUCUUGACGUGCAAAUUUCGUCCAAAGUCAUGAAGCCUGUUACCCCUCACAUCAUCGACAAGUACAGCGCCACCCGCACCACUACCGCUGUCCAGGACCUUGGGCUCACGCAUGACCAGUGGUUCCGUCUUCUCGAUACGUUCAACGCUCUGCCACGCGAGUACAUCGAGGCCAACACCGCCACUGUCGAGGGCUUCUUCACGGACCUCGCGGUCGUCCAGCAGGGUCGCAUCCCCCUCCCUGCUUCGUUUGUCAACUCGCCUGCGGCCUCUAAGCUCGCCAACACUCUCACCGGCCUCGUUGGCAACGAGCGCUCCGCCGAGCUCCUCACUGCUGCCUUUGGCGCCAACGCUGCAGUCCUUCUCCCCACCCCUGCAGCUUCGGCUGGUUCGUCGGCGCCGUCGUUUACUCUUCCGCCCACCCCCAUGUCGGCCGACGCUCCUCCUUCAACCCUCCAGCCGGCAUCUGCCCACACCCUGCACUUCUCGGGCGGACUUAACGCGAUGAUUGAGCGCAUGUCUUACGGCCAGCCCGGCACCGGCAACAUCGUGACUCCCACCGCCGCCUACACCGCCGUCCGCCAGGGCCUUGCCAACAACGAGGUCCCGUCGCCCGAGAACAUUGGUCGUCUGAUCGUUACCAUUGCGCGUACCGGAGACGAGCCCAAGGUCAACGAGCUCUACUCGCUCGCCCAGGUCGUCCUUGCGUCGUGCGUCCCCAAGGAGCGUGCUCAGGCCCGCGGUUGGUGUGCCGUCGAGGACGCCAUGAUCACCGCUCGCUGCUACCUUGGGCACCUCGAGCAGGCCGGCAUGCACCGUGCACGUAUCAUCGAGGCCGGUAUGGCUCCCACCGCCGACGCAUACGCUACCAUGAUUGCCUCUUCGCGCGACUCGACCGACGACGCCCUCGUUGCCCGCGAGCUCUUUGACGAGAGCCAGGCCCUCGGCGUCGUCCCUCACCUCUACCUCUACAACACCAUCAUCUCCAAGCUCUCCAAGGCUCGCAAGGCCGAGGUCGCUCUCGAGCUCUUCAACCACAUGAAGGCUGCCGGUAUCCGUCCCUCGUCUGUCACCUACGGCGCUGUCAUCAAUGCUUGCUGCCGUGUCGGCGACGCCGAGAGCGCGGCUGUCCUCUUUGAGGAGAUGUCGUCGCAGCCCAACUUCAAGCCCCGUGUCCCUCCUUUCAACACCAUGAUGCAGUUCCACCUCCAGACCCGCCCGUCGCGCGACCGUGUCCUCUACUACUACGAGGCCAUGCGCAACGCCGGUGUCCGUCCCUCGGCCCACACGUACAAGCUCCUCCUCGACGCCUACGGCACUCUCCCCACUGUCGACCUGGCUGCCAUGGAGCGCGUCUUUGGUGACCUGUGCGCCGACCGCCACGUUGCCGUCCAGGGUACUCACUGGGCUUCCCUCAUCACUGCCUACGGUCUCCACUCUGGCGACGUCGAGCGCGCGCUUGAGGUCUUUGAGGGCAUCGCCAAGCACCCUUCCACCAAGCCCGGCUCGGCUCCCGAGCCCGUGGUCUGGGAGGCGAUCCUCAACGUCCUUGGCCAGCGCGGUACCCUCGAGCAGCUCGACGCUUUCCGCACCCGCAUGACUGCCCAGGGUGCCCGCUCGACUGCCUACGUCUGCAACGUUCUCAUUGCCGGUUACGCCCGCCACAGCCAGUUCCACCGUGCCCGCGAGGUGUUUGAGAGCAUGGCCGACUCGCUCACCGGCGUCGCAGCUCCCAACAACCACCCUGCCCUCCUCACCUCGUCGGGCCACGCCAAGCCUUCGGCCGUGACCGUCGAGCCUACGAACGUCGUCUACCGUGAGCCCUCGACAUACGAGGCCAUGGUCCGCGCCGAGCUCAAGGCCGAGGACCGUACCGCCGCCGAGGACGUCCUCCGCCGCAUGCAGGACCGCCGCUACCCAGUCGCCGUGUGGAUGAAGGCUCGCGCCAUCCUCGACGAGGUUGUCCUCUAA